CUCAGGCAUCUAUUUUUCCAGAACCCCAGCCCUGGCCAACAUUGCAGCCUUCCAUCCUUUCUUCCUUCUAAUUUUCCUUCUUAGUCCGCACCACAGAAGCUCCCCCACCACUCCUGCCUUGAUUUUGCCCUCUCUUCUACUGGGGAUUGAACCUAGGAAUGCUGUACCACUGAGCUUCAUCCCCAGCCCUUUCUGAUUUUGAGACAGGGUCUCACUAAGCUGGCCUCAAACUUGUGAUCUUCUUCCAUCAGCCUCCUGAGUCACUGGGAUUAUAGAUGUACACCACUGUGCCUGGUGCCCCUGGGGAACGUUGUAAAACCCAUAAGACCUCAUCACAACACUACCCAGAGCCUUUCCCUGGCUCAUCAGUGAAACAGGACAAAGCCCACAUGUCUUAGUCAGAUCCACCCUAGGCCCAAUGAGGGCUAUAAGUGCUGAUAUAAGAUCAACUCCCUCCAGAGGCAAACUCUCAUCAAGUGUACCUUAGCCUUGCACUUGAGACACCCCUUAAAUGACCAGGCACACCUGAGCCACUAACACAAAGCUGGGCUUCAUCCGCACAUGCUGGGCUGUAUAUAGGGAGAUCAACUUCAAGUGUUCUAGGCUGACAGGGAUCAUAGGACUCAUGUGGCAAGAGAUGAUACAUUCAUCCAGGAAACCUUUUGUUAAGUACCUAUUGAAUGUCAGGCCCACUUGCUGGGUGCUGGUAGGAACAUCCUGCCCUCAAAGUAGCCUGGCUCCACUGGGGUUUCAGAACUGUUAAAGAGUCUGCUCACCUCUAGGGAGGUUCUACUCCAAGCCAGACACCCAUGGGCCUCUGAUUAUGCUCCCCUCCCCCAACUUUAUUAUGAAAUGGGUCAUGAAAAUUGAAGAAGUUUCAGUUUUCACUGAAUACCCAUAUACCUACCUCAGAUUUAAUAAUUCAUAUUUUGUUGUAUUUUCUGUCUGUAUCUUCUUAUCCAUUCAUCCCUCUAUCCACCCAUUUCCUUAUUUUUGGUCUGAGGUCAAAAUGAGUCAGUCAAAACCCUCAUAUCCCUAGAAGGAAACCAGCCAACUUAACCUGUUGCAACUCCACACAGGGGAGUCUUGUCUCCAUGAGUUCACACUUAGCCUGGAACUCAGUUACAAAUGGGAUGUAGACUCCAGGGUUUUCCCAUGACAGCCCCAGUACCUGGAAGUGUCAGAGAUUUGUUUGCUAUCACCCUUCUAGCUACAACCUCAGUCCAGGGUUUGCUAGUUACCAAGGAUUCAGCUUAUAUUUAAUAAGAAUAUGGAGUUCAGAGUUAUACACAUGAGGGUUUGUGUCCCACUCCAUCUCAUGCUGGUGGGAGAGUCACCAUCUGACUCCUGUUCCAAAUGGAUGAGGAAUCCCUUAGAGGAUGUCUUUUAGGAUUAGCAACCCCCAGAACCUCCUUCCUUAGUCUUCCCCAGGAAAGCUGGCCACAGCUGACCAUUCCCUCCUCCACUCAGAACACUCCUGGAUUCUGAGCAGCCUUCUCUGAAAGCCUAGUCUCCUGAUAGCUAUGGGAGGCUUCCCUGGUCCUGGCCACCAGGUUGACACUACAGAUCUGGUUUCACCAUAUGUCCUUGUACCCGUGCCCAAUGCUUGUGGUGCUUCAGGCAGCCAAUCAGAGGCCAGGCUUUGGGAGGUGGAGGUGAGAACCUCACACCUGGGGGUCUCUCUGAUAAGUCCAGGCCUGGGUCAGGGGACCUUGGCCUAAAUAGAGCAUGGGAGUGAGCUGAGCCUGCACAGCUGGCCUGGUCUCAGGCCUAGGACUUUGGCCCAAGGACAAAGAUACCCAUAAAUAAAGCCGGGUCCAGUUCUCAACCUCACACCUACCAUGAUGCGACUGCUCAGGCUGACCCUAGGCUUGAUCCUCUUUGGCUUCUCCUGGGGCUGUGGAGUUCCUGCCAUUAAACCAUCACUGAGCUUCAGCCAGAGGAUUGUCAACGGGGAGAAUGCUGUGCCAGGCUCCUGGCCCUGGCAGGUUUCCCUGCAGGAUGGCAGUGGCUUCCACUUCUGUGGUGGCUCUCUCAUCAACCAGUACUGGGUGGUCACUGCUGCCCACUGCAAUGUCAGUCCUGGGCGCCACUUUGCUGUCCUGGGUGAGUACGACCGAUCGUCUAACACCGAGCCUGUGCAGGUACUAUCCAUCUCAAAGGCUAUUACACACCCAAGCUGGAACCCCACCACUCUGAACAAUGACCUGACGCUCUUGAAGCUCGCCUCACCAGCACGAUACACAACCUACAUCUCACCAGUCUGCCUGGCUUCCUCAAAUGAGGCACUGCCUCAAGGCCUCACAUGUGUCACCACUGGCUGGGGACGCCUCAGUGGCGUGGGCAAUGUGACACCAGCACGUCUGCAGCAGGUGGUUCUACCUCUAGUCACCGUGAAUCAAUGCCGGCAGUACUGGGGCUCACGUAUCACUGACUCCAUGAUCUGUGCAGGUGCCUCAGGUGCCUCUUCAUGCCAGGGUGACUCUGGAGGCCCUCUUGUUUGCCAGAAGGGGAACACAUGGGUGCUUAUUGGUGUUGUCUCCUGGGGCACCAAUAAUUGUGAUGUGCAAGCACCUGCCAUGUACACUCGAGUUAGCAAGUUCAACACUUGGAUCAAUCAGGUCAUAGCCUACAACUGAGCCUACCACAGGCUCCCUCCCCAUUUCAAUCCAAUAAAAGACUCUAGUCUCUGUC